AAGUAAAGGAAAUAGAGUCGGGGAGGAAGGUGCAGAGAGAGUCAGGGUUCUCGCCGAAAUGGUGGUGCUGUAGAUACUAAUGUUUUGGAGUGGGAAAAUUCUACAAGCCAGAGCUGUGAGGACAAAAUUAGUGGAAACCAUUUUGGAGGACUCCUGCACUGGGUUAAAUAUGAAGGGUUGAAGAAAGAAAGGUUUUGCGUUUGCUCUCAGCUGGAUCCUUUCUUUUCAUCAGCUAAAAAACGUCAUUUUAAAAGAAGGCUUUCCUUAAUACCUCAGGCUAACGUAUUCUCCCAGAUACUUUAUAUCACACCAUCUUGUUUAAUCUCCUUCACAGCCCUUAUCACUCUGAAAAGAUUUAUUCGUUCAUUGCUUUCAGUACAUGGAAACGUAAGCCUUAUGAGAAUUUUUCUCCCAUCUUAUUCAUUGCUGUAUUUCCCAGUGCCUGUAUCAGUGCUGGGGAGCAAGUAAGAGCUCGAUAGUAUUUUUUGAAAGAAGGGAGAGAGACAGGUCUAGAGCCUGGAGAAUGAGAUGCAAAAGAGAUGCAAGACCUGCAGCGCCCUCUGCAGACGGCGGGUGGGACAGGUACUUUAAAAAUUACCGCGGGAGCCGAUAGGGGGAGUGCAGGCGCUUCUCGCCAAGACAGAAGCGUUCGGACUACAACUCCCAGCAGCUACGAGGAGCCCUAAGGCUUGAUGGGAACGGGAAACUGUCUAACCUUUCACGUCCCGGCUCUGAGGGUUCCGAGGGUCGCCCGCGAAAUCUGAUCCGUGAUGCGGCGGCCCACUUGGAAGGUGGGCCCAAAUCCCGCGACUGCGAGAAGCGCCUAGCGACCCGCGGUGCCAGGGAACGCCGUGCUUUCAAAGUUGGCGUCCGCUGUUCGCCUCUCCUCCCUGGAGUCUUCUGCCUCCUCCCAGAAGAGGAAGGAAGCACAGGUGGGGUUUUUAAGUUCUGAGUCGGAUUCCUGAGAACUUCGAGGCCAUCCCGACUGAGGUUGAUGUCCGCUGUGCUCCGUCUGCAGUAUGAAGACUUUGGAGACGCAACCGUUAGCUCCGGACUGCUGUCCUUCAGACCAGGACCCAGCUGCAGCUCAUCCUUCUCCUCACGCUUUCCCGAUGGAUAAAAAUGCGGACCCUGAACUGAUGCCACCGCCUUCUGAAAGGGACGAUCCGCCCCGGUUGUCCCCAUAUCCCGUGGCUGGCUCCGCUGUGUCCCAGGAGCCAGGGGAGGGGGACCCAGUUUCUCUCUCCACUCCCCUGGAAACAGAGUUUGGUCCUCCUAGUGAAAUGAGUCCUCGAAUCGAGAAGCAAGAACUUUCUGAAAAUGGAAGCCUUACUGCAGAAGAAGCAAACGGGAGCCUUUUUGAGGAAGAAGUGAACGGGCCAGGGUUGGGGUCUGGGAAAGCCAUGGAAGAUGCGUCUGGGGAACCCACUGCAGAUGACGAGGGAGACCCCGCUUGGAACUACAGCUUCUCCCAGCUGCCUCGAUUUCUCAGUGGUUCCUGGUCAGAGUUCAGCACUCAACCUGAGAACUUCUUGAAAGGCUGUAAAUGGGCCCCUGAUGGUUCUUGCAUCUUGACCAACAGUGCUGAUAACAUCUUGCGAAUUUAUAACCUGCCCCCAGAGCUGUACCAUGAGGAGGAGCAGAUGGAAUAUGCAGAAAUGGUCCCUGUCCUUCGAAUGGUGGAAGGUGAUACCAUCUAUGAUUACUGCUGGUAUUCUCUGAUGUCCUCAGCCCAGCCAGACACCUCCUAUGUCCAUGUCUCUCUCAGUGUAGCCAGCAGCAGCCGGGAGAACCCUAUUCAUAUCUGGGACGCAUUCACUGGAGAGCUCCGGGCUUCCUUUCGUGCCUACAACCACCUGGAUGAGCUGACAGCAGCCCAUUCACUCUGCUUCUCCCCGGAUGGCUCCCAACUCUUCUGUGGGUUCAACCGGACUGUGCGUGUUUUUUCCACGGCCCGACCCGGCCGAGACUGCGAGGUCCGAGCCACAUUUGCAAAAAGGCAGGGCCAGAGUGGCAUCAUCUCCUGCAUAGCCUUCAGCCCAGCUCAGCCCCUCUAUGCCUGUGGCUCCUACGGCCGCUCCCUGGGUCUGUAUGCCUGGGAUGAUGGCUCCCCUCUUGCCUUGCUGGGAGGGCACCAAGGGGGCAUCACUCACCUCUGCUUUCACCCCGAUGGCAACCGCUUCUUCUCAGGAGCCCGCAAGGAUGCUGAGCUCCUGUGCUGGGAUCUCCGGCAGCCUGGUUACCCACUGUGGUCCCUGAGUCGAGAGGUGACCACCAAUCAGCGCAUCUAUUUCCAUGUGGAUCCGACUGGGCAGUUCCUAGUGAGUGGCAGCACGAGCGGGGCCGUCCAAGUGUGGGACACGGGCGGGCCUGGCAAUGAUGGGAAGCCGGAGCCUGUAUUGAGUUUUCUGCCCCAAAAGGACUGCACCAAUGGCGUGAGCCUGCACCCUAGCCUGCCUCUCCUGGCUACCGCCUCCGGUCAGCGUGUGUUUCCAGAGCCCACAGAGAGUGGGGACGAAGGGGAGCCAGAGCUGGGCCUUCCCCUGCUCUCUACGCGCCAUGUCCACCUUGAAUGUCGGCUUCAGCUCUGGUGGUGUGGGGGGGGCCCAGACCCCAGCAUCCCUGAUGACCACCAUGGCGAGAAAGGGCAGGGAGGGAUGGAGGGAGGUGACAGUGAGCUUAUGUAAAAAGGUUUUUAUGAUA